AUGGCAAUUCAAAGGAAUCUGACGGCGCUGUCCACCUGUGAAUCCCACAUCGAUAAAUCAAAAAUCUUCGAAUUAAUCAAAGGCAAUGCGGCAGCGGACCAGAUUCCAAGUGUGGUACAUAGCCUACAAGAGGCCAGCAACCUCCUUACAGAAAUCCAGAAGAAAAUCAAGAGUUUCACCAAGUUGAGACUUUUGAAACUAGGCGAAUACGAUUCCGAUAGUUCAUACUGGAAAACAGUCCAAUCAUUAUUGCCCGAGCUCCAGCUUCCCACAGACCUCUCUGAUACAAAAUUCCGAUUAAGAACAGAGCAACAACUCAGAGAUGUUGGCAAUACGGUUUUAGAUGAUGUGAAGAGACUGCUUACCGAACAUAAUCUUGAAGUCGAGAUUUUGAAGUCAGGCGAUGAUGGGAGUGACUGGAUCAAUACUUGGAGAUAUGCUUUCAAAGCAGUGGACCUAUUAUCUGACAGUGGUUUCGUCGAUAGGAGAAGAGUAGAAAGCCUCUCACGGGAUGAAGAAUUGAGAAAGCUCGUGAUAACAUCCUAUAUCAAUUUGAUCUGGAAGCGUACCUCUGCCCUUGAACUUGAAGCCACCACACGGUUCGUGCCGGGCAGACUUUGGAAGAUCUUGCACUAUAGAAUCAGAGGAAUCAUUGAAGAACCAUACUCAGAUAGACCGAUGGGCUAUCCGAAGUCUUUUGAGGAAUCGCUACUGCUUGGCUUCCCUCGGAGGGCUGCAAGAUUCCGGGACAGCCAAGAUAAACUAUUUUGGAAUUACCCCCGCUUAUCCGAGGUUACGAAUGUGUUUCGGGACCUAGCGGAAAUGCUGACUGAAGACGCAUAUUGGUCACCCGAAAUGCGUUUAAAGGCCAUAAGAAGUUGGGUAACAGAUUUAGAUAAAGUCAUGGCGCUUUACAAAGACUGGAAGGAACUAUCAUUUAAUCGAAACGCCAUCGUUUCCACUUUGGAUCGUAUAAAGAGCUAUGAAGACGACAUUGAUGUUCCAUACACCUACAUGGCCAGCGACCUUCUACCGGAAUGUCAAGAGAAAAUCAAGAUUUUAACCAAAAUGAGCCUGUUGAGGCUAGCACAAGACGAUUCGGGCGAUCAAUAUUGGGGACUGAUCAAAUCAUUACUUCCAGAAUUCCAGCCGCACCAAGAGUUGCUUGAUCAAAGUUCUCGAUUGGCAGCAGAGAAAAAAGCAGUAGAAGGAGCUGGCACUGCGAUCUUGAAUAAAGCCAAGAAGCUGAUAUCCUUAACAGCAUACGGUCUAGCGGACGAACUGUCGGAUGAACCCCGUGGUGAUUGGGAUCUCUUCCUGAUUUACAGCUAUGGUUUCGGAUUGGUCGAUUCAUUAUCCGAGAAUGAGUUCAUCGAUCAUAAGAAAUUGCAAAGCUUUUUCCAGGAGGAGGAAAUGGCAGCAAUAGUUCCCAAUUACGUGGACAUGUUCUGGAGGAACCACGAUCUGACUCGAUAUCCCCUUGAGAAAGGACCCUGGUCACAGCUGAACAAGUCUUUCAAGAACCUAGAUAGUAACACCAGACGCACCAUAGAAGACUCAUUCACCAAAACAUACGAGAAAUUUCGCCUCAGAAGUCUCCAGUAGACAAUUCUCAGUUUCGCAAGAGUACCUAUCACCAAGGCCAA